AUGUCCGGGCGCGUCACGGGACAGCCGCCUCCGCGACCCACGCCCGGCGCCGGCCGCACGCGCUGCCUCAGCGCCCGGGAGCCGCGCCGCUCCGCCCGGGACUCACCGUCAGCUCUGCCGCCGCAGCGGGGAAGCGAGGGAUGGGCCGGGAAAGACACAAUAUGGCAGAGCACCGCAGCUGCUCCCUGUGGCUUCCAGCAGCCGCCUCCGGGAAGACGCGGCAACAAGCAGGCAGCGGCAGCUGCGGUGGCGGCCGCGGCAGCACCACAUCCCCCUCCGGCUCGCUUCCUCCCCCUCCUCCCCCCGCCCCACUGCCAUGGCAACGCGGCGCCUAGGCAAUUGGCUCCGCCCCUUUUUCCGUCCCCGCCUCCCGCGACCCCCACUGAGAGGGCUCGGCCCUUCCCUCUCCGUCCCCUCCCACCUCCUACUGAAGGGACGACUCGGGUGACCAGAGCGCAGGGUGACCAGAAUGGCAGGUGGUGUUGGCAUGAAAUGCGGCGUCCACAAGGGCGGGGCUCGCAGGCAAGGAAGGGCGGAGAGGCUGUGGGCCGGUGCGGAAUUUGGGCCGAACCCGGGCUGGGAAGGCGGGAAAAUGGAAAGGUCUCGCCUGUCCCGGAAAGGACCUAUAGGAGCGCAGCGGAGGCGCGGCGCGGCUGCUGA